ACCGUGGAUUGCUACGAGAUCUCACAAUCAGUAACGUCCGAGAGUCCGAAGACGAUGAAACUCGGCAAAUAACCAACUAAUAGUAUCUAUCGAUCAGAUAUCAAGUGUGACUUUUAAACUGAAAUUCUUUUAAAAUUCAACUCUGAUCAACAAUUUCAUUCCUGAAGCUUUGUCAGCGAAUAUUGAAGAAAGGAAAUAAUUAAUCAGUCAUUAAAAAACGACACAUAUUGAUGAGAGAAGCUAUCUAUAAUUUCAAGUAUACGGACUGCACAAACAGUUUCAAAGAUAUAAAAUAUAUGGAUACAAUAAUGAAAGAUGCAUAUCACUAUAUAUUAUGUAAGCUGGCCUUGAAUAUAUCGAUCCUGAAUUAAUUAUGUUAAAACGCCAAACAGCAUACACGAAAAAUGAAUGAAUUUGUGGCGAAAUUUUGUAUCAUGAAUUUUCAUUUGAUGCAUUUCAUUAUUCGUCCGUUCUACGUUCUUAUUUACCGCAACAAACCACGAGACAUACCUUCAAUUAAGAAUCCUCUGCUAAAAUUGAGCGCAACCGUGUUAGCCAGGAAGAUCAGAAACCGUGAGCUUUCUAGCCAGGCAGUAGUGGAAGCAUAUAUCGAGCGUAUUAAGGAAGUGGAUCCUUUCAUAAAUGCAGUAAUAGAGGAGCGAUUCGAAGCGGCUCUAAACGAGGCGAAAACGUGCGAUGAAAAGUUGAAGAAUGAAGAAGUAAUCGCCUUGGAUCUGGAAAAGGAGAAACCGCUUUACGGAGUUCCAGUUACGAUGAAAGAAUCUAUGUCCGUUAAAGGAAUGAGCAUUACCGGUGGUUGUGUAAAAAGAAAAGGCUUUAAAGCUGAAGAAGAUGGAGAUGCAGUGAAAUUGAUAAAGAACGCUGGAGCUAUUGUGUUGGUGGUUAGUAACACUUCGGAAUUAUGUACAGCAGUCAACAGCUACAACCAUCUUUUCGGACAAACGAAAAAUCCAUAUAAUAGGACGAGGACUUCGGGAGGGUCAUCGGGUGGUGAGGGUGCACUGAUUGCCUCGGGAGCAUCUGUUCUUGGUUUCGGCUCAGAUAUAGUUGGUUCCAUAAGAAUACCAGCUCUCUGCAAUGGUAUCUUUGGUCAUAAACCUACUCCAGGCAUUAUCCCUAUUAAAGGACACUAUCCCAUAAUGGACGAUGAGAAUUUCAACAAUUUCUUAGUACUUGGACCGCUAGCAAGAUACGCGGAGGAUCUCCAAUUGGUUAUGAAGGUUUUCACGUCCAGACUCGAGAAACCUUUAUGCUUUGAUAAACCACUCGAUCUGAAAAAUCUUCGAAUUUUUUACGUCGACAAUUUCGACAGCUUCUGUAAUAUGAGAUCAGCUACGUCAGAUAUCAAAGAAACUAUCCAUAAAGCUCUAAGUUUUUUCGCUAAAAAUGGAGCCUACGUGGAACACUUAUCGCAAGAAUGGAUAGCCGAUACACUCUACAUGCAACUAUCUGUAUUCGGUGAACUAGAUAUACCUGAACUGCUUGUAGAUCCUAAAAAUCCAGAGGGAAAAAGGAGACCAUUCCUUGAAUUUGCAAAAUCCCUAGUUCAUUUGUCAGAUUACACCUCAACGCUCGCUUUUGUACGAAUAAUCAUUAAACUUCAUGGAGGCAUUACACGUUCUGGGAUAGAAAGCUAUAAAAAUAUAAGAACUGAACUUCGUCAUAAAGUUAAUAAUAUGCUCAAAGACGAUGCUGUGUUCAUAUAUCCCACCUUUCCAUUCGCUGCAACUUAUCCAGAACUAGUAUUCUUCAACUUCGAUUGUAGUGUUUACAGUUCACUUGCAAAUCUACUGCAUUUACCAUCAACACACAUACCAAUGGGUUUGAAUAACGACGGAUUGCCAAUUGGAUUUCAGGUGACAGCCGCAUCGUAUCAAGAUCAUCUUAGUAUAGGAGUUGCUAAAGAGUUAGAGAAAGCCUUCGGUGGCUGGAUACCUCCUAGCUAGAACAUUACUUCAUCAAUACUGAUUUAUUGUUUUUUUUUUCUUUUUUUUUUUUUUUUUUUUUUUUUAAAAAAGAAACAGUUACAUUCUGUUAUACCUUACACAAAAAUUUGAUUUUGAUAAUAUUAUGAAUGUACUUUGUUACGAAGCAAGUCUUCUUAGAAGAACUUGCAAAGUAGUGUUUAAGAAAAGUGGGCAGAGAACAUAUGAAUGGUACACGUUAUUUAUUCAUUGAGGUUUCUGUUUUUAUAUCCACAUAAGGCAUACCUAUGAUUCAUGUUAAAUGUGCAAUAACAUAACUUAUAAAUAGUAAAAAUUAUCUUUACUGUAUACAACAGAAGAUAGAUUUUCAAGUAAUGUUUCAUAGUUAAAGGAACCAUGAUGCUUUUUUCAUUGUAAGACAUAAAGAAGAUUUAUAUGUACCGCAAGGUGAAUUAAUAACAAGGAGACAAAAUAAAUCAAAUUUUAAUGAGA